GAGGCGCCGCUAGGCUAAAAAGUAAUGCAGAGUGACAUUUUAUAAACAGAUUUUACAAAUGAAUUAAAUUAUAAAACAAUACCUCUGGCCCUUUGUUUGAUAAGUGCUCGGAAGAAUGUACCGAAUAAUAUCUGACUGAAAUCGCUAUUUUGUCUUUAAUAACGCUGGUUUUACUUUAUUAAAAAAAUAAAAAAAAUAAACUGGAAGAGUGAUAAUACACAGUAUUGUAUUUUUGAUGGCGACCUCCAAUAAAGCUACCACUAAACCAGGAAAAAGAGAUAUGAGACCUAAAACGCCACCAGAGAAGAAGAGAUCGAAAGCCACUGAUGAACCCCCCCCUGUUUCUGAAGAACAACCAAAAAGCCCCACAUUGAAAGGGGAUGAUAUCCAAGCCCUUGCGAUCAAGGUGGAGGACCUAGAAAAGCUUCACAUUCCCCACCCCCCUAAAGACAGCCAGAAGUUAGCGGCUGUCACUAGGCUCCUUGUUUGCAAGAACAAGCCUAAGGAGGACGAGACGAGGAAUAUCCACCUGGUUGUGGCAAGACCCGCACCUGCCAAUGCAGUGGUCCAACCACUCAGCUACACAAGUCACAGCGGCUCUCGCUUUGAGGCCAAUGGAAAGAUCCUUCCACACAGCAUCCUUGGAAGCCUGGCAGACUUUAAAAAAGAAGCAGUGUCCAGAGGAGAUACUGAGUUGGCAGAGCUGAUCCCAGACCCCCCUGAUCCAGGGAGCAGGGUGCUGACUCUAUGGGGCUGUGGGAAACAGAGUAAAGAUGCAGCCAGAGGGCAGCCGAACUUACCUGUCAACCAGACACACGCCCUGCAAAACUGGCAGCAGCACAUGGCAGAGAGGAAGAGGCAACAGGGCUUCAUCUCCAGUCUGCUCCAAAAGCCAGUGGAGAAGCUGGUAAUGAACAAAUCAGAUAACUUUCGACAAACACAAGAGCAGCGACACGUCAUCGACCGCAGCCUUCCUGCACUGCAUUAUGGGAAGGGUUAUCGUGGUGGCAGUGAGUUCUGGAACCAGCCCCAGCGCAUUGGGGAUGAGCUGACUGGCCUCCCCAUUACCCUGACCCAGACUGAGCGAGGAUACCCUGAACCUGUUACCCACAUUGGGCAGCCCCGCAGCAUCCUCCUCGAGACAGGCACCAUCCUUCCUGAGAAUAUGGACCCCAGUCGCCACCCCUGGGACAAAAGCCUGUACCUCCUGCAGCGUCGAGAGGAACUCAAAUCUGUCCUAAAGGAUCUGGGCUUUAACCAGCCAGAUAUAGAGGGUCUGGAAGUCAUUGGAACUGGGCAGCCGUUCACUUCUGUCUCUGUGGAGUAUCACCCUAUCGAAGAGGAAAAGGAAAGUGGAAUGGACAAGAAAGAAAAUCAAGACUUUUUGGAGGAGUACCCUGAUGUGAUGAUGGAAGCCACCCUUGUUCCAUCCAUUCAAUUCUGUGGGCAGCCUGCCCAAUGGAUAGGCACCACCGACUCACAUAAGGGGGAGGUUGGGAUUGCUGCUCGACUCACAUUUGAAACUUUUGUGGAUGACGGAGCCACGUCCCAUUUGGAUGUGACCAACGACGGGAGUACAGCAGUUUACUACAGCUGGAAGAGACUACCCCAUCCUCUGAGCUUCAAGGAGAUACAGAGGGAGCGCCACUUGCAGAGGUUUUACUUCAACACCAGUGGAGGUGUGAUUCUGCCUGGAGACAUGCAGAGAUUCCUCUUCACGUUCAAGUCUGGCAUCGCUGGUAUCUUCAGCGAGUCGUGGGAGCUGUGCACUCACCCAGUGUUACUGGGGGGAGCCUCUAUGGAGGUGACAUUGAGGGGAGUCGCCCUUUAUGAGGACAAGCUGGUGGAAGUAAGGCAGUCUAUGCAGAGAGAGCUGGAGGCUAAGGAGGCCUUGGCAACUGUAAAGCAGAUAGUGGAAAUGUUGGUAUCGGGAGUGCGGACCCCCGAGCGCCCAUGCUCCCCUGUAGACUCCUACAUCACACAGGAGGAGAUCUUCCAGAGAAAGAACCUGAAGCUUUACUAUGAGCAUUCGACAGUGGAAAGUCUCAAACAACUGUGGGAUCAAUAUCUGGGCCCCCCUGCUGAGCAACUUACUGGCGAGACACUGACUGUGGAGAGAAUAACGCCUAUGGAGUCACAACUAGAUAAUAUAGAGACCUCAGCAGACUCUGAUAGACCAGUAUGGGACCUUUCAAUCUCCAGCUUAAGGGAGUCAAUCCUCUCACUGCCAGAAGAGGAUGAGGAGGGCAGAAUGUGCCGAGAGGAAGCACUUUCCAUGUUUAACAGUCAUUUUCUGAAACUCACUAGCAAUCAGUAUCAGCCACAGCGGGACCUUCUCUACCAAAUAGGCCUGCAGCUGUGGCGGGAGACAGUGGACGGGAUGGUCAGUCACUCCAUGCUGCUGAGGAGCAUCCUGGGAAUGCCUGAGAAGGAAGUGGGGGAGUAUCAUCAGGAGUCUCCUCUAGCAGCUGUAAAAGAGAAGAAAGAAGAAAGGGUGGAUAAAAAAGGGGAUGAGAAGAAAAGUGGGAAGGAAGACAAGAAAGGAGCAGCUAAGCAAUCUGGGAAGGACAAACUCACAGAGGAACAUCCAGCUAUCAAAAAGGGAAAGGUGAAGGAGGAAAAGAAAAUGGGGAAAUCACCAGUCCCAGUUAUCAAGUUGACAUCUUCUAGUUCGAGUUUCGAAAGCCAGCUGCCAUUAUCCCUGCAGGAGCCAGAGGAUCCUGUCCUGCAGGAGAAGUACCGCAAAACGCUUGCCAUUGAGGUUUUUGAAUUGUUAUCUUCCAUGGUGGAAAACAUGAGCGAGCUGUUUGAAGAGGCAAAAUGAAGUAAAAACGUCCUGAAGUGAUCCCUACAUUUGAGAUCUAACCCAGCUUUCAGACAAUCGCAUUUUCAAACAUGUAGUGUGUUGUGUACGUAAUAAAAAAAUAUGACCUUUUAAUCAUCUGUUGCUAUGUAAUAAAAUAAAAAAUAUAAUCAGAG